AUUCUUCAACAAGAUUCAAAUCCAAAAAUUAUAUCUUUCUUUCUUUCUUUUUUCCAUUUGUUAGCAGUUACUUUUCUCAGAAGUCACUCAUUUCUCUUAUAUCAUCUUCUUCUUUUUUAGAAACUUCAUGCUGUAUCCAUUAAAGCUUUCACGAACCCCAUUUUCCCCACGAGAACUCGUUGCUUCUCACGGAAAAGCAAUACCCAAAAGUUUUAACUUUUUUCCCUUAUAUAAACCCCAUUUGAUUUACUCUUCUUUCAUCAAUACAACACUUAAUUAAUCAUGAGGUUUUUAUUAUUUCUGUUUCAUGUUAUCGUUUUUCAGUACCAAUGUGUUGCGAUGCUUCACCCCAUUGAUUUCUUGGCUUUGCAAGCAAUUCGUAAAACCUUGAAUGAUUUUCCCGGUUCCAAAUUUUUCGCUUCUUGGGAUUUUACUUCCGACCCGUGUAGCUUUGCCGGAGUUUAUUGCGCUGGUGAUAAGGUGAUCGCAUUGAAUCUGGGUGACCCGAGAGCCGGGUCUCCGGGUCUUACCGGAAGAUUAGACCCCUCUAUUGGGAAACUCUCUGCUUUAGCUGAGUUUACUGUUGUUCCCGGACGGAUAAUCGGAGCAUUGCCGGAAAGUUUUUCACAGUUGAACAACUUAAGGUUUCUUGGAGUUAGUCGGAAUUUUCUUUCUGGACGGAUUCCGGCGGGUUUAGGUAAGCUCCGACGACUUCAAACUCUUGAUCUUAGUUUCAAUCAGCUCACCGGAAACAUCCCCUGGGCUGUCGGAACACUUCCGGCGCUCAACAACGUCAUUCUCUGUCACAACCGUUUAUCCGGUUCAGUACCGCCUUUUAUAUCCCAGAGAUUAACCCGGCUCGAUCUCAAACACAACGGACUUUCCGGUUCGCUAUUGCCAAUGUCGCUUCCUUCUUCACUUGAAUACCUCUCAAUGUCAUGGAACCAGUUAACCGGUCCUGUCGACCAUCUAUUAACAAGGUUAAACCGGUUAAACUAUCUCGACCUUAGUUUAAAUCGGUUCACCGGGUUUAUUCCGGGGAAAUUAUUUAGAUUUCCGAUAACCAACCUUCAGCUACAAAGGAACCAAUUCACCGGUCGAAUUUACCCGGCUGGUUUGGUAACAAUUCCCACUGUGGACCUUAGCUUCAACCGGUUCUACGGUGAAAUAUCGCCAUUAUUCUCGGGUGUGCAGAUUUUAUAUAUGAAUAACAACCGGUUCAUGGGUCAGGUUCCGGGUAUUAUGGUAGACCGGUUAUUAUCGGCCAAUAUACAUGUUUUGUAUUUGCAACAUAAUUUUCUUACAGGAAUAGCGAUCAAUCCGGCCGCAGAAAUUCCGGUUCGGAGCUCAUUGUGUUUGCAGUAUAAUUGCAUGGUCCUUCCGGUUCAGACACCAUGUCCAUUGAAAGCCGGGAAGCAGAAGUCCCGGCCUACUGCUCAAUGUGGGGAAUGGAAGGGGUAAAAUAGAGAAAUCAAAAGGAUAUUAAGUACUAUAAAUUAUAGCUUCUUUUUUUUGGUUUUGAAGUUAAAAAUGGUUGGGAUUCAUUGAUUAAUUUUGAAAUUAAAGGGUUAAAAAAAAAAAGAAUCCAAAAAUGUGUAUAAAGAAGAAAAAAAAUAGAGUAAAAAAGGGUAAAAGUUUAAGUUUAGUUAUUUGUAUGAUUUUUUUGGUGAGCCAAACUUUGCACAAUUUUUGGCAUUUCUUGUAAUUAGAUAUAUUGAUUUACCUUAUUAAAUAUGUUGCAAAUUUUCUA